AUGGCAAAUCAUGGAUCGAAGAUUACAGUCACCAGAGUCUCAGAUCUCAAAGUCCCUGUCCAGCUGAUUUAUCAGGACUGCUCCCAUGAAGAGCUGAUAGAUGAUCUCAUCAGAUACCUCGCAAAUACGCGCUCUAAAAACAUUCUGCUGCAUGGAGUUGUCGAUGGUGACCGUCUGGAUGUCUCAAACUCGUUUGCAUUUGCUGGUCCCAACGCUGGGACCAAUUUAUUGAAAACCCCAGAAUUCAGACUAAUCUGUACUCUUGUUGGAAGGAGCGCGUUUCUCGACCUGAUUAUCAAUUAUCUAGCGCAAUUGGACAAUCAGUUCUUAUGGGGGCAAACAAAUGAGUCGUACUACAAGAUCAAAUCGAAGUCGUUUCAGCUUAAGUUGAACAAGAUGCUCUACAGUGAGAUCUGGUCGUUGCAUCGAUACGACCCAUUACCAGCGUUUGUGCCAUUGCUUGAACAGAUCUUCAAUGUACCAAAAAAACAUCAUCUUAAACUAAGACCUUUUCUGGAAGAGCUAAGAACCAACCAUGUCAAACGUCAAAGAGAAUACCCGUACAUUUUGGACUCUGUAUGUCCGGAACCAAAAAAUGCAAACUCCAACAUUGAUUAUGCAGUUGACAAAAAGGAUGUGAUCCGAUUUCUCGUAAUCUUAUUAGAGAAGAUCAUGCCUUUGGGGCUUUUUGGGUCCAAACACAACAAGUCUGUUCUGUUCACCAAAAUAGCUCGCGUACUCAGUUGCAACAAAAAAGAUGUUAUUUCCAUUUACGAUCUUAGCAAGAACUUCAAGCUGAAUGACAUUCCGUGGAUAAAUCAAGGCCGGAAACUGAACAAGAUGGAAUUUGAAAGAGCACAGAUAAUGUGGUACCAAUUUAUGGACUGGUUCUUCCAUACAAUUGUCUUCAAACUGGUAGCUGCUUUUUUCCACGUCACCGAUAUGUCUCAAUCCUUCCGCUUGCUCUACUAUAGACACCACACUUGGCAUAGAAUUUCCAAACAAUUCAAGGAUAGAUACUUCAACAAGUUCUUACUGAAGUCACAAAGGGCGCGCAACAGCCAUGAGACUUUUACACAAAACCAGGAUUUCAUAGGAAGUUUAAGACUGCUACCAAAACCUCACGAUCUCAGAUUUAUCGCGAUGCCAUUCAAGGGAGUCGGCAAAGGAGUAUUUGAACGCAUGAAUAUUCAUCGGAACGAGGUGCUGAUAGCCAAUAUGAUUCUUUCAAGCAAGCGAAACGUGAAGGGCAUCAAGUCGGUAGGCGAGCUUCCGGAAAAGCUAACAGCGUAUGGCAAAAAGGUUUCUGGACCAGUAUUUGCAUUGAAAUUUGAUAUCAAACAAGCGUAUGAUACACUUCCGAGAGAUCUGCUGGUAUCCCUCAUUGAAAGCAUGUUUGAGAACGAACUCUCAACUUCAUCAUAUACAAUAAAUCGGUAUUACCUGCUCAACAGGCCGAAUUCAUUGGGAGAGCGCAAACGAAGAAAGAUUACAAUUCUGGAUGGAUCCGAGAAGGACUUUGGUAGUAAGCAGAUCGUGCAGGCGAAUUCUCCUGUGGUGUUGAAUAAGAAUGAAGUUUUGAGAAUCAUCAAGUGUCAAUUAGAGCACUCGGCAAUCUUUUCAUCGUUCACCACUUUCCACAGAAAGAGAGGAGUCUUUCAAGGGUUCCCUUUAUCAGGAAUCUUUUGUGAGAUUGUCUAUGACAAGGUGGUGGAGUAUCUUGAAUCAAUUGGGUCUGAAGACGUGAAUGUCAUCAGAUUAGCUGACGAUUUUCUUGUGCUAUCAACCAAGAAAGAAACAAUCACAAAAUACAGCGAACUGAUCAGUAAACCAAUUCCUGGGUUCAAUAUCAGUGUCAACCGAGAAAAAAGUCUAUUCUCAGACGAUAGGGUUGAUUUCCUGGGAACCACAAUUUAUCUGGACAAUCUAACAGUCACGAGAAACCUUCGCUCGUACGAUCUAUCCACGAUCAAUGUUUCCUCUUUCAAAGCAAUGUAUUCAGUUCUUACGCAACAUUACAAAGUUGCAAUCAGCUCUGGAUUCUUUGACUCAACUGUCAAUAGCGAAGAGAUUAUCAGGCAAAACAUAUCCACACUCAUUGAGUCAAUACAGCUGCGAUUCGCAAGGUCCCAAAGACUUGUAUCGAAAUUAGACAAGUUCAGUAUCAGCCACUACACCACGUUCCAAAACACCUUUAAACGUUCACUGGUGAACAAAUUAGGUCAACAAUACGCAUCAUAUAUCGACAGUCUAUAUCCAACUAGAGAUUGA